AUGUUGCCGCAACGCCGCCGCUUAAAGCUUUACUUACUGCUCGGGUUAUGUUUGCUCAUCAGUCGGACGCAGGCACAGCUCAUUGGAGCUGACGAGGCCGAGGCCGAGCCCGAAGAAGAGGAGGACGAGGAGGAAGAGGAAGAGAGUGUGGAAGACGAGACGUUGGAGGAGAAGCUGCAGCGCAAAAACAUCAAACAGGACUCGAACCUAACUGUGGAUAAAUUAAUUGCUAAAUAUGGCUACCAGGCGGAAGUGCAUCGUGUGACCACAGAGGAUGGUUACAUACUGACAAUGCACCGCAUACGGAAAGAUGGCGCCCAACCCUUUCUUCUCCAGCACGGUCUGGUCGAUAGCUCAGCGGGCUUUGUCAUUAUGGGACCGAACGUUAGUCUGGCCUAUAUGCUGGCCGACCACAACUAUGACGUCUGGCUGGGCAAUGCCAGAGGGAAUCGUUAUUCCCGCAAUCACACCACCCUCGAUCCGGACGAGUCCAAGUUUUGGGAUUUCAGUUGGCAUGAAAUCGGCAUGUACGAUCUGCCCGCCAUGAUCGAUCAUAUUCUGAAGACGACCGGCUAUAAGAAGCUGCACUAUGCGGGUCAUUCGCAGGGCUGUACCGCCUUUUUUGUUAUGUGCUCCAUGCGGCCGACCUACAAUGAAAAGGUCAUCAUGAUGCAGGCCAUGGCACCGGCUGUCUACGCCAAAGAGACCGAAGAUCAUCCGUAUAUACGGGCAAUCAGCUUGUAUUUUAAUACUCUGGUUGGCAGCUCAAUAAGCGAAAUGUUCAAUGGAGAGUUUCGUUUUCUGUGCCGCAUGACUGAGGAAACGGAACGUCUUUGCAUUGAGGCCGUCUUUGGCAUUGUGGGACGAAACUGGAACGAAUUUAACAGGAAAAUGUUUCCCGUCAUCUUGGGUCAUUAUCCUGCAGGCGUUGCUGCCAAGCAAGUCAAGCAUUUUAUUCAGAUCAUCAAGAAUGGACGCUUCGCUCCCUAUAGCUACAGUGCCAGCAAGAAUAUGCUGCUCUACCGAGAGCAUGUUCCUCCCCGCUACAAUCUCAGUCUAGUCACCGUUCCCACCUUUGUCUAUUACUCCUCAAAUGACUUACUCUGCCAUCCCCAUGAUGUGGAAUCCAUGUGCGAGGAUUUGGGAAAUCCCGCAGGCAAAUAUUUGGUGCCCAUGAAAGAUUUCAAUCAUAUGGACUUUCUUUGGGCCAUCGAUGUACGUCGUUUGCUUUAUGCGCGCAUGCUGCAGGUGCUGGAGAAGGACAAAAAACGAACUUUGGAGGCAGACCAAGAAGGGAAUAAGUUAAAAGCGCGAGUGAUUCGUGGCCUUAACGCGGCAUAG